GUACUCCUCAGAUGGCUAAAUCAUUGUAUUAACCGAAAAAACAGCAAUAUUUGUAUAAUAUAUGAAAUUGUUGCUAGAAAAAACUUGCCUAUAUAGCUAUACAUUUUUAAAAAAAUAUUAUUAGAUAAUCUAAGACCUAUUCUUUGGACAUUAGAUGUGAUGUAUAAAGGUACUAACUAGUAAAUGAUGGCAGAGAAGAGAGAUUGUGAAGGAACGACGGAAGAUGAGGGAGAUGACAUUAAAAGAAAACGAUUGGAUACGAACGCCUUUGCUGGAACAAGUAACGACAUUUCUGAUGAUACAAUUAGUCAGUAUGACAAAGAUCCGUUAUCAGAUUUAACAAGGAAUCAGCGUGUCGUUCUCUACACCCUGUUCCUGUGUUUUGAAGAUCCUGAUUAUAUCUUUCUGGAUGACGAUGACGGCACUAUGGGAGACAUUGAUGUCAGGAAGACACUGGAGGGGCUGGAGGACAGGGGACUGGUGAUACGUGUCGGAGAAAUGUUUAACAGUGACAGAACUGUGUAUACUGUCGAUAUUGAGAAACUAAAUGAGAUAAUUCAAUCUUACAUAAAGAACUGUCUACUGAGUGACAUAGACAAAGACUUCUUCAUAGACGUGGCCGGCUAUUCCCCCUUACGUGUCUGGUAUACAACACAGGCCCCUAUCAUUAACCGUGAUAUUUUAAACCCACAAGCCGGUAGAUCUAUAACAUUCAUGAGACUGAUGAUGGAGGGGAGGAUGGACGAUGUAGAAUGUAUUAAAGAAAAUUGUGCUGCAAUAUUAAACAGGAUUAUCCUUUUAUGAAAUGAUUCCACACAUGUUAAAUCACUCAGGGAAAAAAAGGGAAGUUUAGCCUUGCGUGAGCAUUAAACUGACUUGUUGCAUGCUCUUCAAAAACAGUCCUUGCUUUAUGAAAAACAUAAUCAACCUUUUCGUAAAUAAAAAAAUGUUAAUUUUAUCACACAGGUAUUAAUAAGUUUUAAAGUAUAUACUAGUAUAUACAGAUGUAU